GGCAAAGAAAGAAAAUUUAUUUUCAUUACAAAAAAACAAAGCGGAUAAAAGAUUUCGAAUCAGUGAGCGAUCAUAAAAAAGUCAAUUCGACCCGAGAAAAAGAGAAAAAUAACAUUCGCGGUUCGCCCAUUACACGGAAGUCAUUGCAUCAACGUAUCAGCACGCAGCGUUACGCUGUCUACGCGUAUGGCGGAAGCAGACAGCAACAAAGGCAACAACAACAACGGAGACAGAAGCAGCAGCGACAAUCGCUUUUAUUUACAACAACAAAAUUCAGUCCGAAACGAGUAAAGCAAAUAACUGCAACAAAAACAACAGCACAGGGCAGCAGAAACGAAAAAAGUGCCGUCAAAAAUAUGUGUUGACUUCUGCAGCGCGUGUAACUGUAACGUCUGCUACUGAUAGCUCUUAUAAUUUAUUAUUCACAUUUCUCUUUGACGCACUCUGACGUCCGUGCGCCAUCCGUCAUCAUUUCCUUCCUCUCAGUAACGAAAGCACAACUAUCUGCCAGUCAUGUCUUUUUCCGAUUUCGAUGCCAUUUAUGAGGACGAACAGCUGGAUGAAUUGGAGCAUUUUCAAGACCAGACGGUAGCUCCAGUUCCUGAGCCUAUUAUCAUACGUGGUGCUGGCAAUAUGACUGUCUUCGGUCUCAGCAACCGCUUUAACACAGAAUUUCCGUGCGGUCUCGUCUCUAGAGUUGCGCCUGAAGAAUUUAAGGCAACCAUCGGUCGGAUUAAUGGAAUACUAAAGAAGACGCUGCCUGUGAAUGUAAAAUGGCUUUUCUGUGGCUGUGUCUGCUGCUGCUGCACACUCGGAUGCUCCCUCUGGCCUGUUAUAUGCUUGAGCAAACGAACACAAAUAACGCUGGACAAACUGCUCGAAUGGGAAAAUAGUCAUCUAUAUCAUAAGCUUGGGCUACACUGGCGCCUGCAUAAGCAACAAUGUGAUUCCAAUUCCAUGAUGGAAUAUGUUAUUUUAAUUGAAUUUAUACCUAAAACGCCCAUCUACCGGCCCGACUAAACGGCUUGAUGGGACGGCUUAACGUAGUUGUAAAUUAUUAUACAUACUAGCAACUAAAACAUUGUUUUAGGCGUAUACAUUUACAAAGGCAAGCCACUAAUUUAGUGCAAGUGUCAGGUGUAUUGCAUUCUGCAAGCAAAUUAAAACACAGGAUGCAUACAUAUACACAAUUUAAGCUAAUUUAUCAGUAGUAAUAUUUAAUUUAUAGUGUAAACAAAUUUUCAGAGAAAUGUGUAGCUAGUAAGAAAAUUUAAUUUCUCGUAUGUAAAUGUAA